UCCUGCCGAGUCUUGUUACUCUAUCUGCCUCUUAGCGGCGCUCGUUGUUACUCCGCCUCUUCGCCGAUCACACCACGUUUCCAACCGGAGGAGGAAAAAUAAAAAAGUCGAGCUCCCGUAUUUUCUGGGUGGCGUUUCAUUGAGGAAGUCGCCAAGGCAGCUUUCCCGUCAUCAUGGUGAACAUCCCAGAAUACUAUGCAGGGAAAAAUGUCCUGAUAUCUGGAGCAACAGGCUUCAUGGGAAAGGUUCUGCUGGAGAAGCUGCUGAGGUCCUGCCCUGAGGUCAAAACUGUUUACGUAAUGGUUAGGUCAAAAGCUGGGCAGAGCCCUCAAGCCCGCGUAGCCGACAUGAUUAACUGCAAGUUGUUUGAAAGACUGCAAGCAGAGCAGCCAGACUUUGCAGAGAAGAUCACAGCAGUGAACAGUGACCUCACAGUACUGGAUCUUGAUCUCAGCAAAGAGGAUCAGAGCAUCCUGGCUGAAAACAUAAACAUCGUCUUCCACUGUGCUGCAACAAUCCGCUUCAAUGAACCGCUCAAAGAUGCAGUCCAGCUGAAUGUCCUGGCCACACAAAAGAUGCUGGCGCUGGCCCACAAAAUGAAGCACCUGGAGAUCUUUAUUCACGUCUCCACUGCUUACGCCCACUGUGACAGAGAGGUCAUCGAGGAAGUCGUGUACCCGCCUCCUGUAAACUACCGCAAACUCCUCGACACUCUUGACUGGAUGGACGACGAUUUGGUAGCAACGCUGACCCCCAAGCUCAUUGGCGAGCGCCCGAACACUUAUACCUACACCAAAGCCUUGGCUGAGUAUCUGGUGCAGCAGGAGGCUGGAGACCUCAAUGUCGCCAUCGUCAGACCCUCGAUUGUUGGCGCCAGCUGGAAGGAGCCGUUCCCCGGCUGGAUUGACAACUUCAAUGGACCAAGUGGAAUAUUCAUCGCAGCUGGAAAGGGGAUUCUGCGUACGAUGAGAGCAUCUAAUGAUGCCGUGGCUGACCUGGUCCCUGUAGAUGUGGUCAUUAAUGCAACUCUAGCGGCAGCUUGGUUCUCUGGAUCGCAACAAGUCAACAGGCCUAGAAGCAUCCUGGUGUAUAACUGCACAACUGGUGGGAUCAACCCGUUUCGCUGGGGCGAAGUCGAGAACUGUAUAAACAUGACCUUCAAGAACAAUCCCCUAGAGCAGGCCUUCAGAAGGCCCAAUGUCAAUCUGCGCUCCAAUCCUUUUACUAAUCAGUACUGGACAACAGUCAGCCACACCCUGCCGGCCCUGCUGUAUGACGGCUAUCUCACACUGAUGGGCCACAAGCCCCGGUUCUCUUCACAUUCCUUCCUGAUUUCUCUAGCUUGGAUUAUGGAGAAACUAAGACUUCUAAAGCGACUUCACCUGAUCUCAGCGUGUCAUCUGAACGUUCUCAUGACAGCAUAAUUUGGGUUCUGUGCAAGCCUCCCCUUCGUUCAAAGAUGGUUUCAUUUAUUACGGCCGUCAAUUCGCACUUCUGCUGCCCGAUCUGUUUCCAAAAUUAAAUAACUUUUGACUAAUCCAAAAAGCGGCAACGUCAGCCCAUGGAAAUUGACUCCUUACAAUCUAAAGAGUGAGUUGGUGUCCAAAAUGAGUUUAGCUUGCACCAACAGUGGCUCCAAUUCUGGAAGUGCGUUUUGAAUUUGAUUUGCUUUGUCAUUAGCGGCAAAUAAUGCUCUGUUUUUCCACUGUUUGCUGGUCACUCAUGCAUGUUUAAAGCUUCCUUUCAAUCAAUCGCAUGCACUGACAGAAUCUGAGUCAUUUCAGUCAGCCUCCAUUAGUUAAAUUGAUUGAACUGACAGCACUUUGGUGAAAAUUAUACAAGCCUAACUUUAGGUCUAAUUCAACGCUGGCUGAAUCGGAAUGAAUCAGAUUCAAUUAAGGCUCUUUCCUACACCUUCCCUAUUCAAAUGACCAUUGCUUGAAUUGUGAUUGCUUAAUUAACACAGAAUGAAGUUGGAGUAUGUCAACUGGAUUUACUACACUUACCAGGAAGAUAAUGAUGCAUAAUAUAGGAGGAAGCUGAAUUUUUGGGUUUGUCACAUUGGCGUUUAUUUAAAGGAAUGAAUCGGCAUAAGGCCGAUCUAAUUAUUGCUAUUUAAGGAGAUGCUAGCUGUCUUCCUGUUCUGUGCAGAAUAACUCCAGUAGACCAUUUUUGAUGUCGAUGUCAAACCUGCCAACCACAUUACUAUCGUUUUUAUUAAUAGUAUUUUUUUUAUUAUUAUUACUAAGUUCUCCUAUAUUUUUAAUUAAUGGCAGAAUGAGCUGAAAUAGGUAUGUUGGGUAACGCAGGUAAGAUCAAAUAAAAAAUGCGAAGUCCUUUUUUUAAACUCUCAUCUGUCUUUCAUUUGUCGAUUUUUAUACUUCAAAUAUCUAAUUUCCAAAGGCUCUCACGCCGUUGCUGUUUGAAAUGGUUUUAUUUUAAACAAGCCAUCCAGGUAGAGUUCAUUUUUAUUCCAUUUCUUCCAAAACUCAGGAUUACUAAAACCGAGCUCAGGUUUGAAGGAGCUGAGAAUUUUUCUUAAAUGCUUCUAAUUCUGGAGAGUUUUACAGAGCAGCAACAACAGGCACAAUCCUACAGCUUGUGUAUGUUGACAGGCUGAUGGCACCUUAUAUCUUACAGUGGCCUCCACUCUUAGUUGCGCUCCUGGGAAAGAUGCAUGAAAACCAUUUUUUUUACCUCUUAAAUGUAAUAUUUUAUAUAGAACUCAAAAAACAGAGGAAGUAAAUGAAACUUUUUAAUUUGAGAAGAUUUACGCCGUUGGAGGAAACGUGCAAAGGAAUAGUUUUCCUCUCGGCGCUAAUUUAAAGACAAAGAAGCAUUAUGAAUUGUUUUCAUUAUGGAUUUUCGGUUUUCAGAAUGUCUUGGAAAAUUAUGUGGUAAUUUUCUAUUCUGGUGUGUUUAACUUUGGAGGUCUGUUUCUGCCUGCCACUCCCUAAAACAGAAAAGAGGAGAAAUUUAAGACGAAUGCAUAUUGAUUUAUUCAAGAAGUUUCUCAAGUAAAACUGAAUGUCCUCAUGUCUGCUUCUUUCUUCGCACGUUGUUUGACAUGGUAGUGAAAGUGUUUUCUGUCAUAUCGACAGAGAUAUGUGAGCAUAUGAAGUUAAACCUAAAUGAAAAUUUUCCUCAAAGUGUUUCAGACAAAGAAGGAAUAUGUGGACAAGCACCUGAUGUCUGCUGACAAGCAUGGUGUCGUAACAUUAUGCUGUGGGCCUGUGUCUGUUCCAAGGCACCAGAAAACAUUGUUGGAAUCCACGGUUGCAUUUUUGAGAAGUCCAGAAAACCGAACAAACAGAAAUGCUUGCAUGGUUGACCAGAUGAAAAGCCUUCCCUUUUCCCCCAGACCAAACCUCGGCUCUUUGAUGUGAGCUGAAGAGUGACGACUCUAAAUGAGCCAUUUCUAGGAGUGCAGUAAAGCAUGGAGGGCACUGUAUAUUUUCACCUAACAGCUUAUUUGGUGAAGGGCUACCCUUGGUCUAUUCUGAACAAAUAUCUCAUGUAUUUGGAAGCACUUGUCAAAUUACUCUGUCAAAUCAAUGCAGUAAACUGCUCUCUACAUCUGGUGUCUCAUGUUAAAUAUUUGAAGUUGGACCUUUUGCCUCUGCACGUCAACAGCCAGAAGUGUGAGCCGUCCCGUCUCUUUAAAUUUCUUUACCUGUCCUUUCAUUCAUUUAUCAGUCUUGUUCUUCUUCUUCUUCUUUUUUUUUUUUUUAAUCCUCUUUUUUACCGACGCAUUGUUUAUCACAGGAUGAUGAAGACAAUCACUCGGCUGCACAAAGCCAUGAUGGUCCUGGAGUAUUUCACCAGCCAUUCAUGGGUUUGGAACACGGACAACGUGGCCAUGCUGCUGUCCCA